CUCCAGCACUCUGUGUGUGUGGCCCGAGUUACUCCAGCACUGUCUGUGUGUCUGUCCUGAGUUGCUGAGUUACUCCAACACUCUGCUGUCUACCUGCUGUUUAAAAGUAUCGACAGCCGUCUCUGCGUUUCAGCCGCCAAACGAAAUGCCAUUUUCAUUUAGAAGAAAGGAUAACAUACCGUUUAAACACAUAGCUCAUGGUUUAGUUCCUGCAGCCACCAUUGCUCCAAGAGCUGCUGUACCACGGACACCACCACCUCGUAGUCCCAACUCAUCACCAGAGAGACCAAGGUCGGCACUUGCAGCUGUGAUUUUAACGUCGUGUUUGACUGGUCGUACAAUUGCCAUUCCUCAACCACAUUUGGCAUUGCCCCGUCAAAGGUCCUAUUCUGAAAGUGAUGGCACACGUUCAGAACACAGAAGCUUUCGUGAACCUUACGCCAGUGUAAUUGACCUUGGAUUUAGGAAUGAAUGGCAAAGCCCUGUAAGGGGUAGACCUCCUUUACCACUGCCUUCUAAUUCUGAUGAGGAAUGCCAUGAAGAAGAGGAAGAAGAUGAUUACCUAGAUUUAGAACAACUGUCGAAUAAAUCAGACCAACCACAUUACUAUGUUCUAGAAAAAGAAGGGGAGAUACAGAAAAAGGAACUGAUAUAUGCUGUUCCAUGCAAGUCAAACCAGGAUGAAAUCCCAAUAUCGAUAAGCAGUGAAAUAACAGAUGUUUCUUCUUAUGAUGUUGCAUCUGUCACUCCGAUACAUGAAUCAAACCCUGGACAAGUUCGAGGGACUCCGACCUUAGAUGGCUGGUCUGCAGAACUUGAGGAUCCUGGCAACGUUCCCAAUCCCAGUCCGCGGAGAACUCUGAUGAGCUUGCAAGCAGAAUAUUCACCAGUUCAUUCACCCGAGGUAAGAAAAACAAAGGACCAAAAUCAUUGUCCAUAUUUGUGUUCCAAGAAGGAAGCAAAGGAACAACAAAUAAUUGAAAAGAGUCAUAUGGUUCCAGGGUUCAGCAGAGUCCCAGGUUUGAAAAGCAGCACCAGUGUUGAAAGCCCCAGAACACCAUCUCCAAAUAAGAAAAAAACAAAGAUAAAGACAAAGAUAAAGAAUAUUUCGGAGGUGAUCACAUCAGGUGACAAAAUAGAGUUGGUUUCACUCCGACAACAAGCUCAGGAGUUGGUGGAUGAAAACGAUGCCUUGAAAAUGACAAUACAUCGCUUAAGUGUAGAGCUAAGCCAUUAUCAAACUAAAUACAAAUCUGUGGAUAAUGAGGGAUCCCAUCAUACUGGGCUUCCACCAUCAGGGCCACCUCCACCUUGGCUUAUUGAUAUGACGUACCUGUCACCCCUUAUGUUGGCCUAUGAAGACAGAUUACGAGAAAAGGACGCUACAUUGCAAGUACAUGAGAAGGAGAUGAAGAAUUUCAGAGCCCGAGUGGAAGAGGUGGUGAAGGAGAAUAAACGUCUUCAUCAACAACGUGAAAGGAGUGGCAUUGUGAGCAACAUGGACUGGCAUCAAUUGCAGGAUCAGGCAAAGUUGGUUUUGGAGGAAAAUCAAAUCUUAAUGGAACAGCUGGAGGUUCAGCAAGCCAAAGCAAAAGACAGCCACAACAGGCAUGUGCAGGAAGUGUCAAAAUUGACUAAACAAUUAAUACUGCUGGAAGCAGAGAAGCAAAGUCAACAAAAAGAGUUGCGGGAGGCUCAUCAUCAGCUAAAUGACAUUUCCUCAAAGUUUGAUCAACUGAAAGCAAGUCUUCAUUACAAAAUAGGGGUGGAUGAGCACACCACAGUAUUGAAUGACCUCAAAAGAAAACAGCAGCUUGAACAAGAGAAGCAGCAGGUGGAAAUGGAGGAAUUGAUGGGAAGAAUUACAAGUCUACAAGCUGAGAAAAAGGGCCUGCUCGUUGAGAGGACAGAAUUUGUUGCUGACAAUAAAACUUUAGAAGCAGAACUACAUGUAGCACAGAAGUCAAACAGGCUAGCACAAAAGAAGAUUGGUCUUCUAAAACGGCAGAUGGAAGAAGCUAUGGAGAAAGAGGUGGCUGCUCAUCAAUAUCUGGCAAAUCUGAUCAGUCUUGCUGAAAAAGCAGCUCUUGAACGUGAUCAGCUUGUACAUGUGACAAAAAGCUUAACAAAUGAGAAGAAUGGAGUUUUAAACAGGAUAUUGGCAGACAACAUGCGUUUGGGCAAGUUGGAGGAGCAAGUGAAGGUAUACAAAACAAAAGCUGCAGUGAAGCUAGGAGACGUUAACAACCGUAUGAAGGAACAUGAAGAGGAUUUUGCCAGAAGAACUGCUCAGUACCAGCGGGAAAAACGACAUCUCCAGCAGCUACUGAAGGACAAGCAGGAAACCAUUGAUGAACUGCUGGAACAGAAAAGGCAAAUGGAGUCUGAGCUUGAAACAGUCUGGGAAUCAUCUACAAGGGAAAAUCAGCGGAUAAAAGUUCUAUUGCGCAGCACUUUACGCGGUAGUCAUUGCUGGGAUGCACUCAACUUUGACCAAUUUGAUAUCAAGGAAAACCCUUGCAGGUAUUUCGGCUCUCAAUCUGACUUCAGAGCAUUAAGCUAUUGUGACGUGAUGGUUUCCUCUUCCAGAAGGGCACACGGGAAUAACCUGCAGCCAAAUAAUAACAAGAGUUUGCCUGUUCAUUUGCCUGAAAGUGGAGAUUGUACAAUUACUAAGCAAAGAAAACAAAAACCCAGAGAAGAAAAUGUCAAGAGCCCAAUGUUCGAGUCUGACUCUGAUCAACAACAAGUUGCCUCUUCUGAUGAAAGUGACAAAAAUGAGCAUGAUUUCUAUUCUUAAUGUGAUUAUAGUGAAUACUUUAUCAUAUCUGUUUUCUUUUUAUCAACUUAGAACAAUUGAAAUAUUUUUGUACAAUGAAGUUGAUUAAUGUUAAGGUUUGUUUUUAAAUUGCCCUUUAAUGAUAUUUUCACUAGUGGCAUCUGUUAUUGAGAACAUUCUGAGAUUUGUUAUCGAGAUAUUCAUUUGCUUAAUGGAAUACAUGCACCUCGUCAGAGACCAAUUUUAUAUUCUUAUUUUCUACUCACAGAAUCUAAUUUAAAAUACAAUUGAGAUUUUAAAUAAAUGGUAAUUACUAAAUAAGUUCUAAUGAAUAGCGUUCAAACUAUUUUGCAAAGACAUUUGCAUAUUGAUUUGAGUUGAAUGUAGUUAAGUGUGUUACUGAAAUUAUAUGGCACCAAAGCUUCAGUUGGGGCAACAGGAAGAGGGGUUUAUCCCAUUGUUUUUACAUUGCAUGAAACAAAUUGAUGAAUAUGUCUGUGGGCGACUGGCAGGUGUAUAUAAUGUGUCAGUGAACUUCACAACGUAUCUCCAAAUAUCUAACAUGGUUACCACAUGACUUUCUACACCUAUCAAGAGGAAUAUCUUGGCAUUUGUUAUUUUUAAACAAUAAACACUAAAUUUCACAGUAGAUGAAUAUUUUGUUUUUAUGGGCCAUAGAAUCUAGAAUGAUGGAAAACCAAAAGAAAUUGUGAAAAUCAUUUGCAGGCCUAUACUCUGUUUUGAUAAGUUUUAAUGUACGUUGCAUUAUUUCUGCAAUCUUUUGUGUUGACAUAGUUUUCUGGAUAUUUGUGACAGUGUUCCUAUUUCGAGUUCAUCUUUAUUUUAUAAAUGAUUCAAAAUAAACAAUCCGAUUUUACUUCAAA